UUUCAACACUCAUCCUUCUCCUCAUUUCUUUGAUACUCCAUAAUCUCUUCGUUUUUAAGCUUCAUUCUUCCCCCCAUUCAUUAAUUAUUCUCUCUUUAUUUCUCAUUGGAGAUUAAUAAUUAAUCUCAAUAUUUGUCAGAGCAAUGGAAAAGGAAAACGGAAACUUGAACGUGGGAAUGCAAGGGAAUGGGUUGAAGAAGAUACAAACAACUGAAAAUGGAAAUGGGAAUGGGAAUGGAAAAGGUAAGAAUGGGAAUGGAAUAUGUCAUGAUGAUAGUUCUUUGCCGGUAAAAGCUCAAACAAUAGACGAACUUCAUUCCCUUCAAAAGAAGAGAUCGGCGCCUACAACACCAAGCAAAGGUUUUCAACUUGGUCCAACUUUUGCCACCUUGUCCGAAGAGGAACGCCAAAUACAACAACUUCAAUCCAUUAGUGCGUCGUUGGCAUCUUCGGCAAGAGAAACAGGGCCAAAGGUUGUAAGAGGAGACCCAUCAAAACCUCUUAAACACGUCCAUCAUCACCACCCGGUUGUUCCUACCAUUAGCGUUAGUGAUAGCGCUCUCAAAUUUACUCAUGUCCUCUACAAUCUUUCUCCUGCUGAAUUGUAUGAGCAAGCAAUCAAAUAUGAAAAAGGGUCAUUCGUAACAUCAACUGGUGCACUGGCAACAUUGUCAGGAGCAAAGACAGGGAGAUCUCCAAGAGACAAGCGUGUUGUAAGAGAUGAGACUGUUGAAGAUGAGCUUUGGUGGGGCAAGGGUUCACCUAACAUUGAGAUGGACGAACAUACCUUCAUGGUUAACAGAGAGAGAGCUGUUGAUUAUUUAAAUUCUUUAGACAAGGUAUUUGUGAAUGAUCAAUUCCUCAACUGGGAUCCACAAAACCAAAUCAAAGUCAGGAUUGUAUCUGCUAGAGCUUACCAUUCUCUUUUUAUGCACAACAUGUGCAUCCGACCUACACCCGAAGAGCUGGAGAAUUUUGGUACUCCAGACUUCACCAUAUACAAUGCUGGAAAGUUCCCAUGUAAUCGUUACACUCAUUACAUGACAUCCUCGACUAGCAUAGAUAUUAAUCUUGCUAGACGAGAGAUGGUGAUCCUUGGCACUCAGUAUGCCGGGGAGAUGAAGAAAGGCCUUUUCAGUGUUAUGCAUUAUCUCAUGCCUAAGCGUCAAAUUCUAUCUCUCCAUUCUGGCUGCAAUAUGGGAAAAGAUGGCGAUGUCGCCCUCUUCUUUGGCUUGUCAGGUACUGGGAAAACUACUCUAUCAACAGAUCAUAAUCGUUACUUGAUUGGUGAUGACGAGCAUUGCUGGAGCGAUAAUGGUGUGUCAAAUAUCGAAGGUGGCUGUUAUGCUAAGUGUAUUGAUCUCUCAAGGGAAAAAGAGCCUGAUAUUUGGAAUGCCAUCAAAUUUGGAACUGUGCUUGAGAACGUGGUAUUCGAUGAGCAUACUCGUGAAGUGGAUUACACUGACAAAUCCGUUACAGAGAAUACACGAGCAGCAUAUCCUAUUGAGUACAUUCCAAACGCGAAGAUACCAUGUGUUGGGCCACAUCCGAAGAAUGUCAUUCUUUUAGCUUGUGAUGCUUUUGGUGUCCUCCCACCUGUUAGCAAGCUCAACCUUCCUCAAACCAUGUACCAUUUCAUAAGUGGAUAUACUGCUCUGGUGGCUGGCACAGUAGAUGGCAUUAAGGAGCCUACAGCAACAUUCUCAGCCUGCUUUGGUGCAGCUUUCAUUAUGAUGCAUCCUACUAAGUAUGCCGCUAUGCUUGCUGAGAAGAUGCAGAAGUACGGUGCCACAGGCUGGCUCGUCAACACUGGUUGGUCUGGUGGCAGGUAUGGAGUGGGCAGUCGUAUCAAGUUGCAAUACACACGAAAGAUCAUCGAUGCUAUACACUCAGGUGCCUUGCUGAAUGCAAACUAUAAGAAGACACAAGUUUUUGGACUCGAGAUACCAACUGAGAUCGAGGGUGUACCUUCAGAAAUCCUUGACCCAGUUAACGCGUGGCCAGAUAAGGAUGCUCAUAAGGAGACACUAUUGAAAUUGGCCACGCUAUUUAAGAAGAAUUUUGAGGUGUUUACCAACUACCAGAUUGGCAAGGAUAAUAAGCUGACAGAGGAGAUUGUUUCAGCUGGUCCUAUCUUCUAGUAAUUUGAUAGUAAUAUUGAAAGGGAUCCAAUUCCAUAGGAUCUAAGGCCAAAUGAAAGGUGUUGAGGCUAUACAUGGUUAAUUUGGAAUAAGUAAUAUGAGGGUUAUAUGUUUAGAGAAUUAAUGGCAUAACAUCUUCUCCAUGCUAUAAAAUUGCUAUGGUAUGCAACUCUGAAUUGUAUUUGCAGUAAAUAAAUGUACUAGUUUAGGCUGGUUCCUUAUCUUAUAAGAUAUAAUCAUUUUCUUUA